CAGGGAAGCGAGCCGAGAACGGGGCUGCCCGAGAGGCGGGCGGAGCAGAGGGAGCGCCGUGGAGACGCCGGGGGCACCGGGGCGCGCCAGGCUGGCGGCCCUUUCCUCGGGGCCCCGCCUGGUGCCAGCCCCCCCACAAGCGGGGGGACUGCGCCUGGAAGCUGUAAUGGAGGCCCUGCAGAGGCAGCAGGCAGCCCGACUGGCCCAAGGGGUGGGGCCAUUGGUCCCUCCGCACCCACUGCCACCACCACUACCUCCCUUGCCCGGCCCCCGGACCCUACAGGCCCCUGAGGGGGCCUUGGGGGAGGUUGGGACAGAAGAAGAGGAGGAUGCUGAAGAGGAUGAGGAAGGGGAGGAAGCCGGGGCAGAGGAGGAGGCAACCGAGGAGAGCCAUACAGGGACCCGGGGCCCCAGCUCACCUUCCAGCCAACCUCCUGGACCUCAUCCCCAUGAAUGGACCUACGAGGAACAGUUCAAACAGCUGUACGAGCUUGAUGCAGACCCCAAGAGGAAGGAAUUUCUGGAUGACCUGUUUAGCUUCAUGCAGAAGAGGGGGACGCCAGUGAACCGCGUGCCCAUCAUGGCGAAGCAGGUGCUGGACCUGUACGCACUCUUUCGCCUGGUGACCGCCAAAGGUGGCCUGGUGGAAGUCAUCAACCGCAAGGUGUGGCGGGAGGUCACGCGCGGCCUCAGCCUGCCCACCACCAUCACGUCGGCAGCCUUCACUCUACGCACCCAGUACAUGAAGUACCUGUACCCCUACGAGUGCGAGACGCGGGCGCUCAGCUCCCCGGGGGAGCUCCAGGCAGCCAUCGACAGCAACCGACGCGAGGGCCGUCGUCAGGCUUAUACCGCCGCCCCGCUGUACGGAUUAGCCGGCCCUACCCCUCGGGGACCUCCCGGCCAAAUCUCCGCUCCUGGAGCCGCAGCGCCCGCGCCCACGCCCAGCCCCUGCCCUGCCCCCGGCUCCGCCUCCGGCCUACCCGCGCACGCCUGCGCGCAGCUCAGCCGCAGCCCCAUUAAGAAAGAGGAAAGUGGAAUUCCAGCCCCUCGACUGGCACUGCCUGUGGGCCUGGCUUUGGGGCCUGCAAGGGAGAAAUUGGCACCAGAGGAGCCCCCAGAGAAGAGGGCUGUGCUGAUGGGGCACAUGGAUCCACCUCGACCUGGAGCUCCCUCCAGUUUCCUGCCCCGUGGCAAGGUUCCUCUGAGGGAAGAGCGGCUGGAUGGGCCUCUCAAUCUGGCAGGAAGUGGUAUCAGCAGUAUCAACAUGGCCCUAGAGAUCAACGGGGUAGUCUACACUGGUGUCCUGUUUGCCCGUCGCCAGCCUGUGCCAGCUUCCCAGGGCCCAACCAACCCUGCACCUCCUCUCCCUACAGGGCCCCCUUCCAGUGGCUCACCCUGAGAACUCCCGCUUGGAAUAAAGAGUCCUGGCCCCAAUGCUGAGGGUUGGGGGGAGGAGACAUCCCCCACAACUUGAUUCUUCCAGGCUGCCCACUCUAGGACCCAGCCUUGGGAGAUGAUCCCUUACCCACCAUGCCAUGUAGACUUGAAGCCAAAGAGUUUUCUUUUGAUGUUACAUCUACCUCAUUGUAACGGGAGAGCACCUCCUCCCUGGCCAACCCCAGCAGCAUCUACCAGAGUUCUGACCCAGUAACCCUCAUCAUCUCCUCAUGUGCCUCCCUGUGUCAAUGUCAUCUCUAGGACCCCACCUCUUCAGAUCAGACCUGCUUCUCUUCAGAAGCCAUGUGAAGGGUUAGGUUGGGUGUUGUG